CCUCCAACGAGGGAGGUGUACAUGCCGGUUUGUUUAUGAAAACUCGGUUUUCUUUAAAUAAAAAAAAGUCCUUUUAAAAAACUUUAAAUAAACAAAUACUUGUUUUGUUAACGUAAAUGUUUUAUUGACUGAUGUCUCUAUAUAACGCAGGAUACUUAAGCUAAAUGUCAUGUACACGAAAUUUUUAAUUUAAAUAUUAUUUAAAUAUGUCGAGGCGGUAGUAAAGUGUUUGCUAUUCAUUUAAAAAAGUGACGCUUAUCCUCAGCCGUGUUGCUAAAAAUUAAAAAAAAACAGAUGUGACCUUGUGUACUAGUUAAUUUUUUAAUUUUUAUAUGUAUUUAGUUAUACGUGUUAAUAUUUUAUUAUUAAAGUCAGCGUGAGUGAUAUGACCUGACCAGGAAAAUAUAAAUAUAUAGAGAAAAUAUAAAAGUAAAGAGUUGUGAGUGGGUUUUGUGUUUAAGUAAAGUGUAUUUUAGUUUUUUAAUGCUCUUAAGUCUUUCCUGUUUCUGUUCACACUGUAUCGUUUAUCAAGAUUUACAUAGUGACGCAAUAGCUAUUGAAAAUAAAGAAAACAACAUUUACUAGAGAGAAAGAAAGAGAGAUGUGCUGUGUGAUUACAUUUGUCAGGUUGUGUUGAGUUGAGUUGAGUAAAUAAAAAAUAUUUCAAAUCGUGAUGACAAAAGAUUGUUGAGAGAAAAAAAAUAAUAUUUAAAAUUUCGCCCGUAACUUCCUGGAAAAUUCUCAGUGUAAAAUUCGCAGUAAACCUUUUUUUUUUUUUAUAGUUAAACCGGGUUAUAUUUUAUUUUUUUUCUCUACCUGAUGGUUCUUGGUAACAUCUCUGCAAUAGCAUUUUACUUUACAACUGUAAGGUAUUAUAGUUGUAAAAGGAAUUCCUUUGUCCUCUGGUGGCAUUGAACGAAGCACAGGAGUGUGUUAGUUGGCUUGAUGUUGGUAAGCCGGUGAUGCUGGUGAUGCCAGUGCUGCUGAUGUUGCUGCGGAAGGUGAAGUAAAACCACUUUAACACAACGCAGCUCUUGGACCGGUGAAUGUCCGUCUGCAAGCGACCAAGCGCGAGGGCAACAACCAUCGGACUUCCACUAUCACCAUCGCAAUCAUCACUACCACUAUUCCCUCCAUCGACACGAGGCCAAGGAUUCAAGGUCACGAGGAUCAAAGAAUCAAGGGUCAGACUGUUGUCGUCACCCUUGUAUUUAUUAUAUUUUUAUUAUUUAUCGUUUUUACUUUGUCUCAUAAAUAAUAUUCAGACAAAUCUCUAUCAUCAGUCCAGGUGAUACUUUCUGGAUUUAAAGUGACAAGUAAACAGUGAAGGGAAAAUAGUUAAAUAUAUAUUUCAACACUGCUGCAGGCUAUACACAGUUUUUAGAUAAAUUUGUGAAUUUAUUUGUAUAAUAUUUUUUUAUUACGGAUACAAAUCACAUUGGGAUACAAACGACUAGGUAAAAUGCAACGACGAGGAUCAUUGAUGAAAGCUGGGAUGGUAUUAGUGAGGGCAGCUGUGCUAGCAGCUGUUUUGACCCAACUUUUGGGACCAAGUGAGGCCAUAAGGCCUGCUGGUUCUCAUCCGGGACAUGCUUAUUUUGAACAACCUUGUUGCGGCCACUCACAUUUGCGGCAUCACAAAGAACAUGUCCGGGAAUUCAGCUGUGGAAUGCUGUACUACAGAACACUUUACCUGGAUAGUAAAAGAGAUACUCUUUACGUCGGAGCUAUGGAUAAAGUCUUCAAGCUCAAUCUAAGCAACAUCAGCCACUCCAACUGUGAAAGAGACGUUCUUAAUCUGGAACCAAGUAAUGUAGCAAAUUGCGUGUCGAAAGGAAAGUCUGAGCACUUUGACUGCCGGAACCACAUACGAGUGAUCCAACCAAUGAGCGAUGGUAACCGUCUGUACAUCUGUGGUACCAACGCACACUCGCCAAAAGACUGGGUGAUUUACAGCAACUUAACUCAUUUACCGCGACACGAAUUCGUGCCAGGUAUAGGAAUGGGUAUAGCCAAGUGUCCUUAUGAUCCCGCUGACAAUUCAACGGCAGUUUGGGUAGAAAAGGGCAAUCCUGGCAACUUGCCGGCCUUGUACUCCGGCACGAACGCUGAAUUUACCAAAGCGGACACUGUUAUAUUUCGCACAGAUCUGUAUAACUUGACCGAUGGUCGCAAGGAGUAUAGUUUCAAGAGAACACUCAAGUACGACUCCAAGUGGCUUGACAAACCAAAUUUCGUUGGAUCAUUUGACAUCGGUACUCACGUAUUCUUCUUUUUCCGUGAGACUGCAGUAGAGUACAUAAAUUGUGGUAAAAGUGUGUACUCUCGAGUCGCACGAGUCUGUAAAAGAGAUACAGGAGGCAAGAAUAUAUUAUCACAAAAUUGGGCGACAUAUCUCAAGGCCCGACUCAAUUGCUCAAUUCCGGGCGAGUUUCCAUUCUACUUUAAUGAAAUUCAGAGUAUCUACAAAGUACCAGGUGACGAUACACAUUUUUAUGGAACAUUCACAACAUCAACAAAUGGUCUGAUGGGUUCGGCCAUUUGUUCGUUCCACAUCGACGCUAUUCAAGAAGCAUUUCGUGGUAAAUUUAAAGAACAAGCUACAAGCAGUAGUGCUUGGCUUCCUGUACUAUCCAACAAAGUACCUGAGCCACGACCAGGCCAAUGUGUAAACGACACGGAAACGUUACCAGACACUGUUCUCAAUUUCAUAAGAUCUCAUCCGCUCAUGGAUUCAGCCAUUUCACAUGAAAAUGAAAAGCCUGUAUUUUUUAAACGUGACAUCAUGUUUACAAGACUUGUUGUUGAUAAAUUGAGAAUUGACUUCAUUGGAAUGGAUCUUGAAUACACCGUCUACUAUGCAGGCUCAAGUGAUGGUAGAGUACACAAAGUUGUACAGUGGGUAGACAGUAAUGGAGACUCCCAGUCAAUUCUACUCGAUGUAUUUGAUGUAACUCCUGGUGAGCCUAUUCAAGCGAUGGAGAUAUCCAAGGAGCAUAGAGCGCUUUAUGUGGCCUCAGACCAUCGUAUAAAGCAGAUCGAUUUAGUUAUGUGCUCACGACGAUAUGAUAACUGUCUACGUUGUGUUCACGAUCCAUAUUGCGGCUGGGACAAAGACACAAAUGCUUGCAAGCCCUAUGCACCUGGCCUCCUUCAAGACGUUUCCAACAGUACCGCUGACGUUUGUGACAGUAGCGUCGGUAAACGGAAACUUGUUGUCACGUGGGGCCAAUCGGUACAUCUGGGCUGCUUCGUGAAGAUGCCGGAGGUCUUGAUGAAUCAAGAGGUCAGGUGGUAUCACUACAGCAAAGAAAAAGGAAGGUAUCAAAUCGCCUACAAGUACGGCGCUGGAGGUGACAAGUUCAUUGAGACUUCAGAGAAGGGUCUUGUUAUUGUCGGCGUAAAUGAACAGGAUGCAGGAAGAUACGACUGCUGGCUUGGCGGUGCUCUGCUUUGUUCCUACAACAUCACCGUUGAUGCCCAUCGCUGUUCAGCCCCAGCGAAGGCAGCUGACUAUCAAAAAAUAUAUUCCGACUGGUGUCAUGAGUUUGAAAAAUACAAGUCGGCGAUGAAGAGUUGGGAGAGAAAGCAAGCUCAAUGCGCAUCAAGACAGAACGAUAGCAACCAGAAUGUUCACACGAAUGAAGUAUAUGGCACACCACUGGUGUGAUCAAACGGUGUGCCAGAGCCUUUAUUGAGCAGAGAUUACAACACGAUGAUUCGUACAAAUGUCCAGCCAAGUAACGGCGUUUCCGGUGAGAUUGGCCUCUGGUGUUACUCACCACUACUGUUUCUGAUAGCUCACUACUUCUUUGACACUAGUGUGAUGACUGGAUUAUCGUUCAUUGUGUGAAUUUGACUAAAGUUAAAAAAAAAAAAAAAUACAUUGCGAAAGUGUUCUAAAACUUGAUUUAAAAUACACAAUAGUGCCAUCACCAAUUUUUUUUUACGUCGUGAAUAAUAAAAAAAAUAAACAAAAGUUGUAUUAAAAGACUCCAGUGACUGCCUCACGAUAAUGUGCCAUUAUUGCUUUUUAAUUUUAUUUUUAUUCAACAAGUAAUUUAAAUAUAAUAAAUUUUUUCUACAUUUAUCAUUUUUAAUUAAAUGUAAAUAAUUAAAUUGAAGUUAAAAAUAAAAUAAAUAAUUAGCAACAUGGCACACUAUCGAUUAUGACGUAACAAAUAAACGAGAUUUGAAUUCGUCUGUCUAAAAAUCGAAUACAUUUACGUUAUUUUAUUUUUUUUUUUUUUUAACUAUUAGAGAUUCAUAUUUAUAUAUAUAUAAAAUAUAUAUAUGUAUGACAGUGUUCGAUCGAUUAUAGACUUCUGGAGGACCAAGUGACUUAAAAGUCGCCAGUGCCGCAUAAAUAAUUUCGCCUACUACGAAAAAAAAAUAAAAAAAAAAAAAAAAAAAUUGAAGCAAGUAAAGGUACGAACGUCAAAAGUAUUCUCUGUUUUCUCAGACCUGUGAUAUGGAUGGGUAGCCGAGUAAAAUCCGUGUUUUAUCAUUUUUAAUGAUAUCUAAAAUUCAUGACUAAAAUUACCCUGUGUUUAUAAGACAUAAUAAUAAUUAUGUACGUAAAUUAACAAUUAAGGUAAAUAAAAAAAAAAUGUUAAGAUAAACACGGAUAGACUUUUUGAAAAGCAGAAAACAAUCAUGAAACGUGUAUAUAUUUCGUUUCGUUUUGAGGUGUGUCACGUUAUUAAAUAGGAUAUACAUUUAUAAUUUAAUAAGUGUUGGUGGCGGACGCUAAAAAAUAAUAUGUAUUACGAAGCUGUCCAUAAUAAUUAAUUAAAUAUAAAGUUGCUUGUCGAUCGACUGAUGAUAAGCACGAUUAAGUAAUAAAUAAUAGUAAUAAUACUAAUUAAUAACAAUAAUAAUAACUAAUAAUAAUAUUAAUAAUAACAAUAAUAAUAAUAAUAAUAAUAAUAAUAAUAAUAAUAAUAAUAAUAAUAAUAAUGAUAAUAAUAAUAAUAAUAAUAAUAAUAAUAAUAAUAAUAAUAAUAAUAGUAAUGAUAACGAUAAAGAAUAAUUGGGUGUGUCUUCACUGCGUCUGUAAUUUUAAUAAAUAAAAUGUACAGCCGUACAAAAAAAGUUACAUAAUGAGAUUACCGACGGCUUUUCCGCAAAAUAAAAAACACUUUUCGCGCAUUUUUCACCGUUGUAAUUACAAUUAUUUUUUUUAAUUAAAACUUUAAUUUUAAUCAUUUUUUUAAUAAUUUUAAUUAACCAGUAUUUUAAAGGCAUUGAGUAUUAACAGACGACAUAAAUAUUUUAACGGUUAAAAAAAAAUAAUUAUAUAUAUAUUAUUUUUAAUUACGUAAAAUUAUAUUUGUACUUGACAAUUAUAAUUUUGAAUAUCGCGCGUGUGUUACAAUAGCGAGGGCCAAUUUUGUAAAAUAACGUCGUAGGGAUUCGUGUCGGGGAUCCUUCCUUUUACUUUUAUUGAGAUUAUUUUACCCGUGUUUCUGUUUAACUCUAUCGUCUUUAGUGAAUAUAGCAACGGAAUAUAGUAGAUUACUUAAUUUGUACACAAAAUACACUGCCCUAUAUUACAUGAGAUGCUCAUAAUCUGAAAACCAUUUUCUCAUACACAUGUGUAUAUAUAUGUAUACAUAUGCAUCCAGUAAUUAUAUUCAUUACUUCACUCUAAUUCUGUUUCCUUUAUCUUUUGUUGUCUCUCCUCUAUUUAUAUUUUUUCUUAAUCUCAUUCAUUACAUACUCGCGAUCAUAUUGUACAUACGGAAUUAAAAAGUCACUUGCAAUUUUUAAUAGACAACUAUAAUAUUAGUUUAUAGGUAAUUAGUGUUUGCGUUUAUUUUUUAUAACCCGAAAGAGUUAAUUGAUUAGGACGGUAGUCAUGAUCGUGGUAGGAAAUUUUUUUUAUUCUUUUGAUUAUCGGAAAAUUAACGGAAGUAUCUAGAGAGAUUUAAAAUUCAUUAAACUGUAGAGAUGUGAAAAAGUUCUCUAUUAUCAUAAAAUUACUUCUAAAAAAAAAGAAAAAGAAAAAUGGUUGAUAAAUGCCUGGAUUACUAUUUUAUGACAGCCUUUUUUUUUACGCAAAUUCAAGUUAUUAUGAAGAAACAUGUACAUCUACAGUGAAAAAAAAAAUAUGUGCUGCAAAUUACUGUCAGUUCACUAAAACGAGACGUUUUUCACAAAAAUAUUCGGCGACGUUGAGCCAAUGGCAACUUGAUGAACUAAAUCUAGUUUGCAGCAGAAUUUUUUUUCUCAGCAUACAAAUUGAAAGUAUUUAUUAGAGAACUUCAAUCGUCUAUAAUAAGACUGGGUCGAAAAAAUCGACUAUUUUUUUAACGAUACUGUGAAAAUAUUAUUUGGGAUGACAAAAAAAAUUCUCGUGAAAAUUUGAGCCCUUAAUAUUGAUAUUAGGGGGUUUUUGUCUCAUAACUCUUAAACAAUGGAUAUAAACGAAAUAGACUUGAAUACAUUUCUUGUAGGAAAUUGAAUGCUCUACAAAAAAGGUCUGAUUGAAAUUUUUUGUCAGACGAACCGUUUCCUUAUAAUCAUGCCUUGAACAGUAGUAUGAUUUUAUAAUUUGAUUGUUCAGCUUUGAAAUUUUGUAAUUAAUGUAAAAAUUAGUUUCCGAAAAAAAGUCAAUGAAUGUUCUUAAAGGAAAUUGAAUGCUCUACAAAAAAAGUCUCUUAACAAUUUUUGGUAAAUUUACUCCUUCGAAAGUUAUUCAAGCUUGAGGUUGAGUCAAAACGACUUCAAUAACCUUGAAUAACUUUUAAAGGAGUGAAUUUACCAAAAAUUGUAAAGAGACUUUUUUUGUAGAGCAUUCAAUUUCUUUCAAGAAUAUUUAAUGGCUUUUUUUCGAAAACUGAUUUUUACAUUAAUUACAAAAUUUCAGUUGAACAAUCAAAUUGUAAAAUCAUAUCAACGUUCAAGGCAUGAUUACAAGGAAACGGUUCAUCUGACAAAAAAUUUCAAUCAGACCUUUUUUGUAGAGCAUUUAAUUUCCUAUAAAAAAUGUAUUCAAGUCUAUUUUGUUUAUCUCGAUGGUUUGAGAGUUAUGAGACAAAAACCCGCUCAUUCAAAAAAAAAAUCAAAAAUUCCGAUGAUACACCUAUUAAUAUCAAUAUUAAGGGUUCAAAUUUUCACGAUAAUUUUUUUUUGACGUCCCAAAUAAUAUUUUCACAGUAUCGUUAAAAAAAUAGUCGAUUUUUUCGGCCCAGUCUAGUCUAUAUAUUAAUGAAAUAAAACGCAAAUUCAAAUCAUGACACUUUUCUAUCGGAGUACUAGCGGUUGAUUAAUUUAAAUAUAAAAACAAAGUGAUAGUAUAUUAUUGCCGUCGGUUUGUAAAUAUUUCAAAAAUAUAUCAUAAACAUUCAUAUUUUUUUUUAAUUAUUUUUUUUUAUUCAAAAACAUUUCAUUUUUGAUAUCGACACUGACGAUAUUAUGUAUAUUUGUAUCCUCGCGAUGAGUCGGUCACCGCAGGUUAUCUGGGCGAAUGAAGGGUAAUAUUGUUUUGUAUAAAAAAUAAAUAAAUAAAUAAAAUAAAAUAAAAUAAAAUAAAAUGUAAUCUUUAAGCCUCUGUACAAACAAAAUAAAAUAAAACUAAUUUUCAUGGCAACUAUCGUAAAAAAAAAAAAAAAAACGAUUUAGAUGAGUCAGCGUGUCGGGAAAAAUGAUUUUAUUUUUUACAUCUCUAACUUUGAUGAAAUUAGGUUUAUCUAAAAUAUAUAUAUUAUAUAUAUAUAGAGAGAGUAAGAAUAAUGGGAUGUAGAAAUAAAUCCGUAAUGAUUAUAAAUAAAAAAAAUAGCACGAUCCAUAGUCAGUAAAUUGCAAUAUAAAAUUGAUAUGAAGGGAAUAAAAUAAAUGAUAAUUCUCAAAUGAAACAUGAGCUUCGACAAGUAUUGAAUAGUAUUAUGAAUUAAGAAUGUAAAAUUGAAAUAAAAUAUCAAGUAUACAGAUAAAUAAAUAAAUAAAUAAACAACAGUAAUAAUAAUCAUAAAAAUAUCAGUAUUUGUGCAUCGGUUUACGAAAUUUUGUUUCUCUUUUAAAAUUUUUUCAUUAAAAUUACGAUAAUACUAGAGAUCACUGUACUGAUCUGUAGUAAUUUUAAUCGGACAAAAUAAUAUUGUUAGUAUAAUUAAUUUUUUAUUAAAUUAAUAAUAAUUUUAUAUUUUAUUGACAUAAUAAUAAUUUUUUAUAUUAUAUUUAUAUAUUAUAACACGAACUGAGAGUUUACGCGUGAUAUAUCUGUGCGCGUAUCGCUGAUUCGCAAGUAAAUAUUCACGUGAGCCGCCCGCCAAUCACACAUUAUUAAUUAUUAUUUUAAAAAGUCGACGUAAAUAUAUAUAAAAAAUUAAUAACACGAAUUUCGAGACAAGUUAAGAGCAGAAGAAUACAUAAAAAAAUAAAUAAUAAAGAUAAUAUUUAAAAUAUUACCUUCUAGCAAAGGUAACAAAGAAGACUAUAUUGAAAGCGAAGAUGCUGGAUAAAAAUAAGAUUUAAGAAAAAAUAGUAUGGUAUAUAUCUUUGGCCGUAGUUGCCCGAGAUGGGAUUGGGGAGCAUGCCAAAACAUGAUGGAGUUUUUUUUUCGUUCUAUUAAAGAUUCUUCUUUGAUAUACGACACAUCAAAAGAAAUGUAUAGUAUGUAAAAAGAUUAUUAAAAGUAUCUUAAGUAUCAUCUCGGGAUUAUUGGUGUUACGAGAGUGAUUAUGGAAAGCAAUUUAGGACGAACAUAAUGUUGUUAGAAAUAUUAUUUUUAAGAUUAUCAAGUAUUGUAUAUGUUAUAUCAAUAUAUAUGUAUGUAUAUACAUAUUACUGGGUCAAAAAAAUAGAUUUUUUUUUUAAAUUAUACGGGAAAUAUUGUUUGGGAUGACAAAAAAAAAACUGAGUUUGAGGUCUUAAUAUCGAAAUUAACAGCCGCCUCAUCGCAAUUUUCGAUUUAAAAUUUAAAGAACGCGGGAAGUUUUUAAAGUUGAGAAUUUUAUUACUUAGCGAAUCAGUGCAUUGGAAAAAUCAAUGGAUAUUUUUGAUAAAAAUUGAACGAUCUACAAAAAAGGUCUCUUACUAUUUUUCGUUAAAUCGAAUUUUUCAAAAGUUAUUUGAGGUUAAAGUUGGAUUCAUAGAAAAUUUUAGUAUUAUUUGACUUUUCCGGCGAAACUAUGCGAUUUAUUACAAAAUGUUACAGGACCUUUUUUGUAGAUCGUUAAAUUUCCUACAACUUAUUUCUUACAAAGUUUCCAAAAUUCCUGAAAGCUUUUUAAAUAUUCGCAUUUAAAUGUCAAUUUGUUACAAGAAAUCGCAAUUUCUCGCCGAUUAUGAUUACUUUGAAAUGCAAAUAACUGAAGAACUUUUAGAAAUUUCGGAAACUUGAUAAAAAAUAAUUUGUAGGAAAUUGAAUGAUCUACAAAAAAGGGUCUGUAAUAUUUGGUCAUUAGUCUCAUAGUUUCGCCGGAAAAGUAAAAAAAUCCUAAAAUUUACGAUAAAUUCCACUUAGACUUUUUAUAACUUCAAAAAUUAAUUUGAUCAAAAACUAAUAACAGACUUUUUUUGUAGAGCAUUCAAUUUUCGACAAAAACAUCUAUUGAUUUUUCCGAUAUACUGAGUCGCUAAGUGAUAAAAUUCAAAACUUUAAAAAAAAUUUUCCCUGUUAUUUAAGCAGAAAAUCGAAAAUUGCGAGGCUCGGCUGUCAAUUUCGACAUUAAGAGCUCAAACUCUAGUAUUUUUUUGGUCAUCUCGAACAAUAAUUUUCGUAUAAUUCAGAAAAAACAAAAAUAAAUAAAUAAAUAAAUAGUCUACUUUUCUGGCACAGUCUAAUAUUCAUAUAUAUAUAGACUCUAAUAAAUUUUGAUGCGCCGAAAUACUCGACAUGUGACUCUAUAGUAAGCCUAAAAAAAAUAUUAAAUAAUAUUUUCAAUGAAUUAAUUUAAUAAAUUUUAAGUUAUAAAAAUAAUUAUAAAUAAUAAUUAUAAUAUAAGUAAAGAGGAUCAAUCAACGAUUCGAGAUUUCGACGUAUCAAUAUAUUAAAUAUUAAAUAAAGUGGGUAAAGCUAUCUCGGUAAGCAUGAUAAAUUGGAUGCAUGAUAAUAAUGAUUGUUCCCGUAAAAACUAGAGAGAAUAAUAAUAAAAUUUAAAAAUAAAUGAGUUUUUAUAAUUGACAUAUUAUUAUUAUUAUUAUUAUUAUUAUUAUUAUUAUUAUUAUUAUUAUCAUUAUCAUUAUUAUUAUUAUUAUUAUAACUUAAUUAAUAUUUUAAUUAUAAUGUACGAAGAGGAAUAAAUUCUUGACGAUACAUUAAAUAUCAUUAGAACUAGCCAAUGACUGUCUUGCAGUUUCAAAAAAAAAAAAAUAAAAAAAAAAUCUUCAUUAAAAUAUACAUUAUGUUUAUAAUUAUUAAUUUUUAAUUAUAAAUAUAAUUAUUAAUAUUAAUAUACUUUUAUUUAUAUUUUUAAUUUUAAAAAGUGACUACGACUGAGAUAUGAUAAGUUUUUGUUACUGACAAUCAGUUAUUCAUUUAUUCCUUAAUGUUUUAAUUUCUUUUAUUUAAAAAAGUGAUGCCUCGUGACCUAGAUAAAAAUUUUGAAUAUAAACCGACGAUUACCAGAUUAAUAAUCUAUCCAUCUUGUGGUAGUCAUUCUUCUUCUACUCUUGUCUCAAUCAUUUUUUCCGCACGCUAUUCAUUUUUUUCCCGCGCAUAUUAUCAAUUUUCAUUUUAAAUUUAACAUAACAUAUAUAGUAUGUGAAUAGCGAGGAAAUGGAGCAGAAUAAAAAACCGCCUCGAGCAAUUUAUCCGAAUGUGUAAAAUUCAAUUUGACAAGAGAAUACAUAUAUAUGUAUAUACAUAUAUACAUAGAUACAUAUAUGAAAAAUUUUUCUUUCCACUACUGUUGUUAUUAUUAUUUUUUUUUAUUAGAUGUAAACAAAAUUUUCAUAUACUAUUUGUAAUUUUAAAAUGUUUUUACUCAUAAAACUGAACAUAAUAAAAAUAAUAAUAACAAUAAUGAAUAAUAAUAAUAAUAUUGGUAAAAUAUAAAUAAUAUAUAAAAUAGUUUAUAAUUUACAGUGAUAAUUGCGCGUCUCGUAAGUUAAAUUGUAUAGUAUUUGAGAGUGAAACAAAAAAGAGAAUUUUUCAAACGUAUGAUGAGAGAGUCUAUAGAGAAAAAAAAAAUAAAUAAAAAAAUAAAUGAUUUUUAUUAUACGAAUUAUUCUUACGUACCAGUCACGAACUUGUUAUGAUUCGUGCAUGCAAAUAUAUCGUUGGUCACGCGUCGUCACGUGCGUAAACGAUAUUAUCAUUAAUAAUCAUCGCUAUCCCGAUUAUCAAUUUAUGUUUAUUAUUUUUUUUUUACUUAAUGUCAUAAGACAACUUCUAGAUAUUCACCUAAACUUAAAACAUCCAAUUGCUAUUUUUAUCAAAACGAAAAUAAAAAUUUAAAAAAAAAAAUAUGUUAAAAUCUUUAACAGUUAUCCAUUGUUCACUAUUGCUAUAAUAAAGAUUUGCUUUAAUAAACUAUU